ACAGAGAGGGGCCCUAAUGGAGACAGCAACGUUGCAGUACAGUCCCAUGGAGCACCAAACAGAAGCACUGAAGUUGCUACAGAAUGUGCGCCCUCACCAAACAGCGAUCAGUAGGCCCAGUAAACUUGGACUAGAAAAACAAGUGACAACCAUCCACGACUCGUCAGCAGCGGCCCGCACAAUAGCAGAAAAGGCGCGUGAAAGUGUCAUUACGCAGCUAAUCGAUAUUCUCACCCAAAUACUCACAGUCGAGGAAGAAAUCAGUCAUAGUUUGUUUCAGGAUCUGAGGACAUUUCUGCACCCUAAAGAAAGCAUAGAGCUGAGGAACAUCUGUGUGCGCAUGGCAAUGAGGGACUCUGACUGUCAGAAGGACCGGGACCUUAGAGAUCUGCGGGACUGUUUAAAAGCCAUGGUGGACAGUCUGGUGUCUUCUCUCAUCAACAUGAACCAUCCCGUGGCCGUUCAGACAUCACGCACACUUGAAGAGAUAUAUCUGAGCUUCCCUGAAAUCUGAAUAGCUAAUAUCUCACUUUACCUAAUCUCAGGGUUGACAGCCUAUUGUUUACUUGAAUGUACUUUUUAAAUAAUUUAUUUUAUUUCAAAUUAUUGGAGGUGCAACUAUGUAGGCCUCCUUUGUAAAAAGUAAUGUCAGAAGAAAUGAUACUGGGACAAACAUGUGUGUUAUGCAAAGUGUUUUAUACAAAUCCUCCUUAAAGGCCUGAAGUUUCGGUCAAUUUGAAAAACCUACCAUUAAUUCCAGUUCCCAACAGUUGUGUACUGUAGACCUGCCCAUGGUGGGUUGGCCUUUCCAAAGUAUAAUUAUGUUUCAUUGGGUAAUAAA